AUGAAAACUGAUAGCAAUAAUAAUAGUGUGUAUUCUGUUAGUUUACCGGAAAAUGAAAAUAGUGUAAUAGAAAAAAGUAAAGUAAACCUAGACAGUAUAAAGAAUAUAUAUAAUUAUAAUAAAUUUUCUAAUUAUAUUGAUACAGUUAAAAACAAGAAAGUCGAAGAAGAAGUAGAUCAAAUAUAUAAAGAAAACAGUGAAAUAGAAAGUGAUAUUGAGAAAAACAAAAUAAACAGUGAUAUCUCCGUUACAAGUAAGAAUAAUUUUAAAGAAACCAUAAAAAAUUCUAUAAAAAAUGGGAAAAGUUUUAUUAAUAAAUACAAAAAUUUAUUUGCAAAAGAGAGAAAUACAAUUGAGGAUAUGAAAGAUGAUAAAAAUAAUACAUUAAUAAAUAAAAUAGAUAAAUAUGAUAAAAAUAGUUUACUUAUUAAAAUUAAAGACAAUGAUUCCGUAAUCGAUAGUGAUAAUCAUUCUCUCAAUAAUUUAAAAGAAAAGAACAUCGAUAAUUAUAAUAGUAAUGUUAAUAUUAGUAACAGUAGCGAUAUAGAUGAUAAUAAUGAUAAUAAUGAUAAUAAUAAUAAUAAUGAGGAGGAGGAAGAGGAGAAUGAUUAUACACAUACUAAAUAUAAGAAAUUAUCUAGUUAUAUAAAUAGUUCUAAGAGAAAAUUUUAUGCACUCGAUAAGUUAAAAACAAAUAGGCAUCUAGAUUUAGAAACACAUGAAUCACAAUAUAAAUCUAAUAAAAAACAUAGUUCUAGUAGACAAAUUUCAGAAGAUAUCCCAAGUUCUGUUAUUAAGAAGCUAAAAGACAGGAUUAAGGGAAACAAAGAUUCAAUAAUUUCUGAUAAUAAAAAGUUAGGCGACAAAAUGAGUAAUUAUGAAUAUUAUAAAAAUAAUAUGAACCCAAGUGAAUACUUAAACAAUUUAAAGGACACGAAUAUGAAGAAUAUGAUUAUUAGAAAUGAUGAGAAUAAAGAGAAAAGUUAUAUGUACAAUAGAAAUAGAAUAUAUAAUAAAGGAAAUAUUAAUAAUAAUAAUGAAAACAUAUACAAUAAUAAUAAUAAUAAUAUUAGAUAUAAUUCUACUACAAGUCCUAUGGAUUUAGUAGAUAAUAAUAAUGCAAAUAAAAUUAUAGAUAUGAAUUUGUUAUAUAAUAAGGAUAUGGAUACAUUGAAUAGUAAUGGCUCUGCAUAUAUUGAUGGUAAUAAAUUAAGUGAAUUACAAGAGAAAUAUAAAAAUAAUUUUCUUUAUGAAAAAGAACUAGCUAAUUUAAAAGAUAUAAACAAAAAGGAAGUCAAUCAGUUAAAAAGUGAAAAUAACAAUGAGAAAACUUAUUUAAAUAAUCUAAAGAAUGAAGCGAGAAGUAAUUAUUUAAAUAAUCUUUUAAAAAACAGAAAUGCGAGAGACAAAUAUGAAAGUGAUCAAAAAUAUAAUAUAUCUAAUGAAAAAGAAAUACAAGAUACUGCUAACAACUUAAAUUAUAAUAAUGAUGUUAAUAAAAGAGAUAAUGAAAAUAACCUAAUAAAUAAUAAUUCGAAACAGUUAAUAAUAGAAAAUUUAAUGAAUAUAAAAAAGAAUGUCGAGGAAAAUAAAAAUGGUAAUACGUUUAAUAUGAAUGACAUUAGAAAUAAUUAUAUUGAUUCUUAUUAUAAAGGUAAAGAUAUUUUAAAUUAUGAUUAUAAAAAUGUUCAUCAUAAACGUUCAAGUUCAAGUAAUGUAAAUAUAGGAAAAUUGGAAACAGAAAAGGUUAGUAAUUAUUUAAAUUAUGUGGAUGAUACACAAGCAAAAAUUAGUUAUUAUCAAGAGAAGACAAGGGAUACAUCUAACCAUGGCGUUUCACGUUAUGAUAAAUAUUUGAAGUUAAAGAAUGAGAGCAAUUUGAAUUUUUUGAAAAAUAAAAUGAUGGAUAUAAAUGCAAAUGAAUAUAACAAUAGAGCAAUAUAUAGAGGAGAUUUUAUGAAUAACAAGAAUGAAUUUGAUGAUAAUAAAGGUAGGAAUAAUAUAUUAGAUCAAAUGAAUAAUAAUGAUACUAAUGAUAUGAAGAAUAAUAUUAAUAUGAAUAAUAAUAAUAAUAAUAAUGAUAAUAUCAACAAUAAUAAUAAUAUCAACAAUAAUAAUAAUAAUGAUAAUAUCAACAAUAAUAAUAAUAAUGAUAAUGUCAAUAAUGUUAACAAUUUUAAUAAUUAUGGAGAAAACAACAAUGCUAUUACUCCCAAUGGAGAUAUUUCAAUACAUAACAAUACUUUAAUUUCUAAGAAUAAACAGGAUUUGUCUAAUCUAAGAAAUUUUGAUCUUAGUGAAUUGAGAAAAAAGCAUCUGAACAAUUAUCAUAAUAUUUCAGAUAAAGAAAGUAUCUAUAUGAAUAAUAAAAAGGAAGAAAUAUUUAUAGAUAACAAUAAGAUAGAAGGUUAUCAGUUGAACAUGCUAAAUGAGAAAAAGAAUAAGGAAAAUUCUUUGAUUCAUAAUAAUGAAGAAUUAUUUUCUUUUGAUAGGAAUUUCAAGAAAAAGAAUGAUUUAAAAAAUAUUGUUUGUGUGUGUCAAGCUAGUAAGCAGAUGGCUAGGUUACAAGUUCAUAUGGAAGAAAACCGCCAAAUGUUAGAAACUGAAAAGAACUUAAUGAAAAAAAGAAAAGAUAAUUUUGAAAAAAAGGUUGAGAUGUUAGCAGAUAAAGAAAAGGAAAUUGAGAAGAUUCAUUCACAGAUAAAGGAAAAAGAAAUGAUGGUAGAUAAAAAGAAAUUAGAUAUUGAAGAAAAAGAAAAGUAUGUUAAUUCUAUAAAAAUGAAAUAUGAUAAUGCUCAAAAAGAGUUAUUAGAUAAAAUGAAUGAAUGCAUAACUAUUGAAAAUAAGUGUAAGAGUAAAUUAUAUGAAUAUGAUGAAAAAUUUGGACAGUUUAAUAAAAAAAUCAAAGAAAUGGAAGAGCGAGAAAAAGAAAUAGAUAACGAAAGAAGAAAUAUAGAAAGAAAAGAAAAUUUUUUAAAUCAUACUAAAAAAGAGUUAGAAGAAGAGAAAUUGAGUAAUAUGAAAGAAAAGAAUGAAUUAGAAAUGUUGAAGAAAGAAUUAGAAUCUUUAGAAAAGGAAAAGAAGCAAAUUAUUGAAUGUGAAUAUAAUAAUUUACAAAACAAAGAAGAAGAAAUACUAAGAAAUGAACGAAAUAAUUUAAUAAAACAAAAAGAAUUAAAUAGUAGAAUGGAUAGGUAUAAUGAAUUACUUGAAGAUUUAAAUAAAAAGAGAAAAGAAUUAGAGAUGGAUAAAAUGAAAUUAAUGGAUGAUGUGCAAGAAGAGAGAAUAAAAUUUCUUAAUGAAAAAAAUAAUAUGCAAAAGGAAAAAGAAAAUGAAAUCAAUUAUAUGAAAGAAGAAUUAAGAAAGGAACGGAUAUUAAUGAUUGAGGAAGUUGAAAAAAUGAAAGCGAUAAUGUUAGAAGAUAUUGAAAAAAAUAAAGAGAAGAUGAUAAAAAAUAUGGAAAAAGAAAAUGAGAAAUUAAAAGAUGAAAUUGAAAAGGAAAGACGCAACAUGAUACAAAAUUUGGAAGAAGAGAAAAAAGAAUUUAAAAUUUAUUUGGAAAAAAAAUAUAAAGAAAAUUUGGAAAAUGAAAAAUCAGAUUUAGUAAAAAAAUUUGAUGAAGAAAAUGAAAAGCUACAAAACGAAAUUGGUAAUGAAAAAAAAAAGCUUCAUAAAGAACGUGAUAAUUUUGAAGAACAAAAAAAGGUUUAUGAGGAAGAAUUUAGAAGUAAAUGUGAGAAAUAUGAGGAAAGUAUACAAAAGAAAUAUGAUGUAUUAGAAGAAGAUAAGAAUAAGAUGAAAUACUUGAUUAUAAAAGAACAAGAAGAAUUAGAAAAUUAUAAAAAAAAUAUAUAUUUAGAUAUUGAAGAAGAAAAAGAAAAAUUAUAUGUUCAACAAGAAAAAUUAAAUUUAGAAAAAGAAAAUUUGUUAGUAGAAAAGGAGCAAAUUGAAAUUGAAUUAAAGAAUUAUAAAAAUUUCAAAGAAAAAGAAGAAAAUGAUAUAAAGAUAAGAAUUAUCAAUUUAUCACAGCAACAGGAAGAUUUAAAUAAGGAGAAAGAGAAUAUUGAAAAGGAAAAGGAAGAAAUCGAGAAAAGAAAAUAUGAUUUGGAUGAAAGAGAAGAAUGUUUAAAUAAUGACAAGAGUCAAAUGGAAGAAUCACGUAAAAUUUUUGAUGAACAAUUAGAUAAGAUAAAAAAAAAUAAAGAAGAAUUAAUAAAUUAUGACAAAGAAUUAAAAAAUAGAGAAAUUCAUUUAAUGGAAAAGGAAAAGGAAUAUAAUAAGAGAUUGGAAGAAUCAAAUAAGAAAAAGGAAUCAUUAAAUUCAUUUGAUAUAGAGUUGAAAGAGUAUAGUUCUAAAUUACAAGAAAGAGAAAAGAAACUUAAAGACAAAAAAAAUGAAUUACAGAAGGUUAAAGAUCAACUUGUUAAUUAUAAAAAUAGUUUGAAACAAAAAGAAAUGCAAUUACAAAAUAUUGAAAAACGUGAAAAGGAAUUAUUAGAUGAGCAAACUGUUAUACAAAUAGAUCGAAAUAGUUUAGAAGCAGAGAAAAAACAAUUUCUUUUAAUGAAAGAGAAGCAUAUAAAGGAUACAGAAUUUAUACAAGAACAAUUAAAACUAUUACAUGAGCAAUUAAAAAAUAAAGAGAAAUCAUUGAAAGAGAAAGAAAAUGAAAUAAAUUUAUUAAAUAAAUUACAAGAUUGUAGGAACAAGAGUGGUAGUAAAGGUGCUAUAAUAUCGUUAAAAAAUUUGGAGAAUAGAAAAGUUACUACAAAUUUGUCUAGAACAAGUAACGCAAGAAAUAGAGGAGUAAAGGUAAAGGCAAUUGGUAAAAAUAAAUUUGAUUUGAUAAGAAGAAGAAAUAGAAAAAAAAGUAUAAAUUUUAAUUAUAACAAUUUAGAGAUUAAUAAUAGUAUUCAAUAUAUAGAUAGUAUGAUAAAUGAAAAUUUUAAAAAUAAAGGUUUUUUAAAAUAUAAAAAUGACAAUUUGAUAAUAUCAGAUGCAAAUUAUAUAUCUAAUAAUAUUGAUAAGGAUGUUGCUUCAUCUUAUUCAAAGAAUACAGAUAUGAAUAAUAAUAAAAUGGAUUCUAAAUUAUUGAAUAAUAGAGAUAUGGGUGUGUUAGAUGAAAGGGAUAAUAUGAGUGGUAUAUAUAAGGAUGAUAAUAAUUAUGAUAAGGUAAAUUAUAGUAAGAGUGGUACUAAGGAAAAUAGGAGUAUAACAAACUAUACAUCCACUACAAAAAAUAACGACAACACAAAGAAGAACAACAAUAAUAAUAAUAGUAAUAAUAAUAAUAAUAAUAAUAGUAAUAGUAAUAAUAAUAAUAAUAAUAAUAAUAAUGAUAUGGAUUAUUAUAAUUAUGGGGGUGACAAAUUUAAUGAAAAAAAAGAUGAAUUUUUAAAUCAAGAUUAUCAGAAUUAUGAAAAAAACUAUCUAAAGAGUGAUAAUAAAUAUAAUUAUAAUGAUAAUGAAAAUGAAUUCUCAACUAAUAUACCCAGAGACAUGUAUGAAGAGAACCAGUUUUAUAAUAAUGAAGAAGAAAAGAAAAAACAAUACAGAAAAGAUAAAGAACAUGGUAAUAACAUACAUCAACGUGAUAAGAUAAAUCAAAAUAAUACAUAUAAUAAUAGUUAUAAUAGUUAUAAUAUUAAUAAUGUAAGUACAAAUAUAAAGAUGGGUAAGAGUAGUUUUAACGAUACAUUAAAUACGAAAAAUAGCCCAUCACGUUUAAACUAUAAAAACAGAGUUGAACAUGAAAAUAAUAUAAUGACAUCAUUAAAUGUAAAUAAUUUAAUUGAAUCUGAUUUGAUAGAUAUUAAAAGUAAUAAUUUUGAUUAUUAUAAUAAUGAUAAUGAAAAUAAUAAAUAUGAUGGUAGUAUGAUGCUGUUAGCAAAUUAUGAACAAAAACCACAAGAUAUGACAAUAGAUGUACUAGAUGAAUAUAAUAAUAAUUAUAUAGAAAAAGAAUCUAAUAAAGAAAAUGCAUCUAUAGAUAAUAUUAAUAAGAAUAUUAAUUGUAUUAAUAAUGAUGUAGAUAAUAUAAAUAGUAAUAUAAAUAAUAUUAAUGAUAAUAUACAUAAAAUAAAUAGUAAUGUAUAUGGAAAUGAUAUAUCCAGAAAUUAUGCAAAUAAUCCGAAUGAACAAAAUGUAAAAAUAAAUAAGAAAAAUGAAAGCUCCUUGAAUACAAUUGAUAAUUUAGUUAAUAAAAAUAUGCAAUCGAUAAAUCAUUUUUCGAGUUUAAUGCAAAGUAGUAAGCAUAAUAAAAUGUCACCUAAUAAAGGAAAGUUAAAAGGUACUGAAAAAAAUGAUAGGAAUGAAAAAUAUGAUAGGAAUGAAAAAUAUGAUAGGUAUGAAAAGAAUGAUAAGAACAAUAAUAAUAAUUAUUAUCAUGGUGAUAAAGGCAAAAAUAAUGAAUAUGUUAAUUACCACAAUAAUGACGAUGAAAUGACUAAAAAAGAAAUAACUAAUGAUCACUUCCUUAGCAAUGAAAAUGAUUCGAUGAAAAAAGAACAUAAUUUUAAUGAAUUUCUAGAGGAGGAAUAUAAUAAUAUGAAUGAGCAUCAUUAUAGUGAUGUUGAAAGAAUUUCAGGAAACAAAAAAAAUUAUAGUAAUAAUAAAACGUUGGACAAAUUAUAUGAAUAUAACAAUAAAUAUAAUGAAAAAAGGUCGAAUAGAAAUGUUGUCUCGAAUGUUCAAAUGAUAAAUAGUAAAAGAGAGAAUGUCCAAUUUUUUGAUGGGAAUAAGAAUAUUGAUAUUUCUUAUAUUUCUCGUACACCACAUUCAUUAAAUAAAUCGAUAGAAGAGAAUAAUGGAUAUAAUAGUGACAGUAAUAUAUUAUGUAGCCAUAAUUAUCUACACAACGAAAAUGAAAUGCUUCGAAGAAUUAAUUCACAAAUGAGUAAUAAUCAAGAUCAUGAUAAUAAGUAUAAAGCACGUAAUAAUAGCAGUAAUAUAUACCUUAAUAGUAAUAAUAAUAAUAAUAAUAAUAAUAAUAAUAAUAAUACUUAUGUUAAUAGAAAUAAUAUAAAACCCAAUAUAGUGAGAAAAUUUAAUAAGACGAAAGAAGAAGAUGAAGAAGAAGACGAAGAAGAUGAUGCAGUCGGAGUUGGAGCUGGAAAAAGUGGAUAUAUGAAAAAUAAUACAAAUCUAUAUAAAGGUGAAAUGAUUACUGAAAAUUCAAAUAAUAUGAAUAAAGCUAAUUAUAAAAAUAGUGAUGAUCAUAAUAAUAAUAUGAAUAUAACGUACUUAAAAAAGUCCCAUGUAAAUCAAAUAUCAUCAUUCAAAGAAAAAGAAAAAUCAAAUUUUAAAAAUCCAGAAAAUAAUAAAUAUUCUAAUAAGAAUAAUACAAGCAACACUAAAUUUUUAAACAAUAAAACAACGAAUAGUCAUAAUAAUAAUAUGAAUAAUAUGAAUACACCAAAUGAGCAGAAAAAUACAAAUAUGGUAAGAAUAAAAGGAUUUAUGAAGGGUCUACAACAAAAUAAUAAAAUACCUAAUGAUCUAAAAUUUAACAAUGAUGAAUAUAUGAAUCGUAAAAAAAAUUAUGCAAACAAACAGGAAAUAAAUAGUAAUAAUAUAAUAGAACAACUUGAUAAAACAUUAAUGAAUAAAUCAAUUAUAAUGAAUAAAAACAAAAAAAAAUUUGAUAAAAAAUGA